AUGGGCCUCGCGGAACCUAGAAAGCGGAUCAAAAUCUCGCACGAUCCAAACAACCUGACUUGGGCUCAGUCUGCAGAAUCUUAUGGCCAAAAGCUUCUCUCCUCUCAGGGAUGGAAGCCUGGUCAGGGCCUUGGUGCUCGAAGUGUCAAACAUUCCAACUCGCCUAUUCCGAGUAUCAAGUUAUCCUACAAAGACGACACUCUGGGCCUCGGCUUAAGUCAGAAGUCCUCAAACCCUGAGCAAACCAGGACUGGGUUGGAUGCUUUUCACGGUCUUCUUGGUAGGCUGAACAGCAAGGACGAAGUAGAAGCGAAGAAGCUUGAACAAAACUCCGAAGAUCGAAAGCUUGCUAGGUGGGCCCAGGGUAGAUGGGGCGGUGUCAUCUUUGUGCCUGGCGGUCUUCUCGUCCAGGGUGAUAAGUUCCGGAAGGCAGAAGAUGAUAUGAACCUGCUUGGGAGUGGUUUUGAAGAGCAAGUGGAGCCCUCUGAUCUCAAGACUAGAAAGGCAGCCAAGGCAUUGCGGAAAGCAGAACGGCAAAAGAGAAAAGAGGCAAAGGGCAAGAGAGAAGGGAAAUGCAGUGUCUCUGAUUCAGCCUGCAAGACUAAAAACGAUGACCUGACAGACUUCACUCUUGAGAAUCCCAAGAUCAAGGAACAGGUUGAUAGAAGUACGAACAGUACACAGGAGAUCGUCGUUGCGGAUAUUGGGAAAUCCCUCGGCACAGAUCAGAUGCAGGCAAAGAGAAAGUGUCCGAAGGAAAAGCGCAAAAGGCAAGUAGAUGAAGCAGACCGUGUCAUGAAGCCUUGCCAAGAAGGGGAGAUGAUCGUGGAGACUGUUCAGCUCCCUACACCUCCCUCAGAGGCUGUAGAGACGCCGAUCUCUGCACGCGCUGCACCGUCAAGCUCGAGGAGUGGUAGGCAUCUCCUUCGUGGUCGAAAUAUUCAAGCGAAGAGAAUGGCCUUUGCUGAUACAAGGUUGCUUGACGAGGUCUGA